AUGCGUCAUGUGCCCCAUCCUGUUGCGGUUAUCACUUCGACUGACACAUCUGUCGGCACCAAUGGCGACCCUUCCGCAUGGCGAGGAGCUACGGUAUCUUCGUUCAACACUGUGACAUUAGAUCCAAUACCGAUCGUUUCCUUCAACAUCAAGCAGUUGUCUUCGACAUACGAGGCCAUCGAGGCUUCCGGCCUAUUUAAUGUUCACCUGUUUCUCUGCGAUCCAAAGGGACAGGAAAUCGCUGAGAAAUUUGCCCGCGGCAACGCGACUUCGCCUUUUCACCUCCCAAAUGGGACUUUGGCUUGGUUUGCGCAGGAGCCGUCGUCCGACGCAGCGCCAGCAUUAGGAUCUGAUUCACCUCCUGUCAUUGAAUGUCUCCCAAAAUUUCAGAUCAGAUGUCGGUACCUCCCAGACAAGGCGGUGGAAAUUGGAGAUCACAUGGUUCUGUUUGGCGAAGUGGAGCGUGUUGUCGAUGGAUGGGAACGCGUGACUGACUCGGAUGUCUGUUUGUACUAUGUGAAUGGCCGCUACGCCCAAAGCCCUUCAGGAUUCACACAUCGGCCAUGA